GUUUGGUGAAGCAGGGCCUGCUUCCUGAGGUCGCCUCGCUAACUGUGGAGUUGCGCGGCUCCCUGGCGCUGACUGGCAUCGGCCAUGGCACAAACAAGGCGUGCGUUCUCGGGCUCCAUGGUGUAGCGCCAGCCGAGGUGGACCCCGCCACCAUCGAACCCUUCCUGGCAGAGGUCAAGGCCUCCG